CCCAAAUGAGGCUGGCGUCGAGUCGUUGUCUGGAAAUCAGGUAUUCAGUGAGGAUCGACCAGAAAAAUGGCGGAUAAAACUGGUGAUCCGGGUGUGGACAAUAAUUCUAAYACAACCGAUGACAUUCCAAGAGACUUAACUAAAGAAGCCAUGAAACAAUUUGACGAGAUCGCAAAAGAGACAGGUACUAUUUCUCAAUCCAUUGAGCCUGAACAAGAGAAACGUACGGGGGGUUCUGGACGGUUGGUUCGCAAGCAAGACGACUUAUAUGCCUGUCUUACCGUCAUGAGAAGACUUAUGGAACAGGCCGAAUCAGAAAGUAAGCAACUGAAAGAAGAGAAGUAUGUCAUCGCAGCAAAAAUCAAUAACUCUUUGAACUCGGUAAAUAGGGAGGUUGAGCAUCUGAAGGCUGAACUUCGUGACCAAGAUCGCAGAUUAGUCGAACUUGCUUCUGAAAGACUUCAGGAAAAUACGAGCGCUGAAGGACACUCGGCCGUUACACGAACUAUGAGUAAUAGUUCUGAAGAAAGUGGCGAUUCUUUGAAGAGAUUAGAGAAAUUAGGUGACGAGAAUCAAAGAUUACGAAAGGAGAACGAGUUUCUAGCGCAGGAACUUAAUGAAUUUCGAGGAUCGAAUUCAGACUUAGCGGAAUUGUAUGAAAGAUUGCACUGUUGUGAACACGAAAUUAGUCGUGCCAAAGAAACUAUCGUUUGUAUGAAGUCCGAGAGGAAAAAGCUUAAAAGCGAAAAAAUGGAAUUAUUAAAUCAGAUGAAACAAGUUUAUGGCAUACUGGAGGAUAAGGAGUCAGAGUUGAGAGAAUUCAUUAAGAAUUACGAGCAACAGAUGAAAACUAGUGACAUCAAAAUUAAGCAACUUCUCUCCGAGAAAGAAAAAUGGAUUCACGAGAGAAAAGACAGUCUACAAUGCAUUGAUGAUUUAAAUAAUAAAAUACGGACUAAAGAAACGCAUCUAGCAGUCGUAGAAAGUGAACUUCUUGAAGUAAAACAGCGUUUGACGCUGUURAGAGUGAAUAUCCCUUCUACUCAAAGCCACCAUAAAGGACAUGGAGAGACGAACGAUUUAAAUAUUUCGAACUCGAGUCGUUUUUCCAGAGCAAUACAAGCGGACGUAGAAAAACUACUUCACAUUCAUGCGACUGGAGAACUUGAAAACAURUCAAAGUCACCCUACAGCACUGCUGAAAUUCUCCCAGUUCCAUGUAGUACACCGGUAGACUCUCAGGCUUCAGAUUCACAGUCAGAAGAAAAUCCUCCAGCCCCUCAUUCCCCCGGGGAUGAAGUCUUUGAUUACAGUACCCCUGCGUCAACACCAACCUCCGCACACUUUGACAAGAAGUUGAAAAGGAAGAACAAGAGUAGAAACUUUGGCUCACUUUCGAAAUUGUUUUCCAAAGGAAAACAAAGAAAAUCAACCCGGCAAACAUUUGCAGGUGUAGAAUAUCACUCUGCAGAUGAGCUACUAGAUACUUACUCCCCUGGAACAAGUUUUUCCAGCAAACAGCACAUUUUCGAACUUAACAAGGAUGUCACAAUGUCUUGUUGGAAAGCGAACAUGGUUCUUGCAUGGCUAGAAGUGGAAUGUAAAAUGCCAAUGUAUGCUCAGAUGUGUCAUGACAAUGUAAAAAGUGGGCGUGUUCUGCUUGAACUCAGUGAUGCCGAACUUGAGUCUGGCUUAGGAAUUUCUAAUGCUAUGCACAGAAGAAAGCUGAGACUUGCCAUUGAAGAUUAUAGGGACCCUAACUCUGUCAAGUUUCCAUGUAUUUCUCAAAUCGAUCAUUUCUGGGUGGCUCGAACGUGGAUGAGAGACCUUGGGCUCAGUCAAUAUGGACCUGUGUUUGAAUCUCAAAUGAUUGAUGGUCGAAUGCUCAACGUGUUGACCAAGAAGGAAAUGGAGAAAUACCUGAAUAUCAAUAAGAAAUUCCAUCAGAUUAGCAUUUUGCAUGGUGUAGAGCUUCUCAGGAUGAUAUCGUUUGACAAACAGGUUCUUAAUGAUCGCCGGAAGAAAUGUGAAGAUAACAACACAGACCCCUUGGUUUGGACCAACGAGAAAAUCAUGAGAUGGUGCCGAUCUAUAGACCUGGGGGAAUAUGCUGAAAGUCUUCGUGACAGCGGUGUCCAUGGAGCUGUCAUGGUGUUAGAUACAUCAUUUGGUUCCGAGGAGAUGGGACAAGCUCUUGCAAUCCACCCGUCCAAGAAUAUCAUUCGACGUCACCUUACUAGCGAAAUGACAGCACUUAUCAUCACUGCCAGGGCAACAUUAAGUUUACCAAUUGACCAAGCAAAAGACAAGAAACAACGUCGACGUCGCUCAUUUAGUUUUAAUGUCGGUGCAAGGCGAAGUACGUCUGAAGAUAACAAACGACACAGCUUCCGGAUAUCAUGGAACAACACCAACUUUACCAAUACCCGAUCGACAAGCUCUCUCGAAAGAUCGCUCAAACCGAAGUGUGAGAGUACAUCAUCACUACAGAUCAACCAGCAUUCAAACACACUACAGCUUCCAACCAGAGGUGGAACAGGAUCGCUUCAACGUCCUCUUCGACCAAGAUCAUCAUUCCAUUAAGUCCUUGGUAGUUUCUUGUGAUAAUUCUCGAUCCUCAGUUCAUUAUAUCCAAGUCUUGAUUUUAGCCUAUUGCUAAUAGUCCCCUUCACAGUUCCUUGCGCCAUCAUGAAAAGUAAGCGUGCCUUUGUAUCGAAGCGAGACGAACGGUGAGCUUGCAAUGAUAGAGACAUGCGAAUAAUUGUCCAAGGUGUUAAAAAAAGGUAUCUAUCAUUACAAGCUCACCGUUCAUCUCGCUUUGAUGCAAAGGCACGGCUACCUUUCAAGAUGGCGCAGGGAACUGUGAAGGAGACUAUUCGAUUCAAAAUUUCCAGUCCAUUAACUCGAUGGUCUUCAAUAGGCAAUUCAUGACUUCAUCCAAUAUCCACAGUCCAGUAAAACCAUAUCCUUUAAUCCGCAAUUUUGAUCCAAAAUCCACAGUCCAUCGUAUGCAAAAGCUGACUGUAGUCAUUUGCUUUUGUAAAAUAGCAUUUCUCGUAAUAACCUGAAAAUCUAAAUUUUCAACGUUUUUAUAUUAUAUAUUUUUAAUUUAUUGCCAUAAUAUCUUGACUUUUCCUUUUUAUCACAAAACAGGAUCUCGUCGCAAGAGCCUGCGUUCCUUAUGGUCAGCAAGARGUAACUGACCAUGAGGAACGCAGGCUCUGUGGACGAGGUUGCUUAAGGAUGAGGUGAGGUGCCAGCUCAAUCCAAAURUGCGAGGUCAUACUUAAUUUUUACACUUUAUAACAUGCCGUAUUUUAAACCAAGAGUYGCCAAUGCUUUGCAAGUGAAUGCUAUUUCGACGAUUUCAGUUUCGAAAAAAUUAAUCUUUGAUAACUUGUACCCUUAUGACAAGGUCAAUGACUGAUUUAAAUUAUAUUUUUUCUGCGUUUCUGUCUUAAUAAUGUUUUUCCCCGUCAGUAACUAGAUAAUAUGAAGUAGGUCUUAUCAUUGAUGUUUCUAAAUAUUUUAU